CUCUCCCCCGCUCUCCCCCGCUCUCCCUCGCUCUCUCUCCUUCUCUUGAUCAUCCCCUGUGUGCACAGAGGAUACAUAGCAUCACAAUGCUAGACCACAGGGGACGCAACUGACUGUGGCGACGGCAAAUGAGACGGGUUAUCGGACUGUCGGCCUUGAACAUUUGUGCAGUUGUCGUUUACCCAUUCUGAACUUUUAGAGGAUAAGAAUGUUUUGAAAGUCACGGACAUACAGACACAUUUUCUUUUAACGUCACGCUUCCAGACGCGCGAAGAGUGAAAGUCUCCCUAGUGUGUGCAUGGUGCUUUAGACGCUCUGUGGUACAUGAGACUACACUUAGACGCUGUCUGGAAGAGAGUGAGAUCUGAGGGUUUACCACUGACGCGGACGCGGACUGUCAUGGGUGAACAAACGGACGUUUCGAUGGGAGGGACGACCACCAAUUCUCCAGGCAUGGUAGCCGUUGAGAUCAUUGCAAGCAUCGCGCGAGGCGACGCCAUGGUUCCCCCGGCCCUCAACAUGACCACGGUUCUGGCAGUGUUGGGCCAGCUCACCGCCUCCCAGCUAGAGCACCUCUACAAUGUCACGGGCUUCGACAGCCGGGAGGAGCUGCUGCGACACAUUAACAAGACAAUCAUGCACGUGAAAAGUUUCGAGGAGCCUUUUAUGCAGGUAAGACCAACGAUUGGAUAAGGAGGAGGAAAAAAAAAACUUCACUUAUUAUUAUUCCGAGAAUGUGUCUAUGUGUUUGUAAUGCACAGGAAAAGUUUCGAGGAGUUUUUUAUGCAGGUAAAAACAAAAAUUGGCU